UGGUCACCGCCUGAGGAAGCAAAUGGAGUAAUUUUGAGAUACCUGGUGGACAUUGUAAGCAAUGGUCAUCAUUAUACAAGAGAAUAUGUGACUGAGACUGAGGAUGUGAUCAGUGACUUACCAGAGUGUACAUCAUAUGACAUCACUGUAACAGCUGAAACAGAACCUGGUUCGGGACCGUCUGCUGCCAACAGUACUUUCCUCAGUGGUUCUGAUUCUGGUGAAGAUUCCUGGCCUUGGGAAAAUAAGGAUAAUUCAUGUUACACAAUGGACUCCUCUGUGCCAUAUACGAAUUACAGUUUUUGUGUAGGAGUUGUUGGUCAAGAUAUAGACACUGAGUGUUGCUCUGUGGAGACACCACAAACUGAACCAGGAUCACCAAUUAUCAUCAAUGUAACAUCAUCUGAUGGGUCGGCUUAUGUUACCUGGACACCUCCUGAGGAAGCAAAUGGCGUAAUUUUAAGCUAUGAGGUCGACUUUGUGAUUGAAACUGACCUUAAUAAAAUAAUUGUGUCUGGUAGUGAAACUGAGGUCAAUAUUCCUGACUUACAAGUGUGUGGAAUGUACGACUUUACUGUCAAGGCAAAAACUGAAGCUGAAAACUGGGGUCCUGAGUCUGACACAAUCUCUUGUCUCAUCGAUGGUGUUGUUAUGCCAACCAUCUCGAAUUGUUCACUUGAGGAUGAUAGUAUAAAUGUGUGCUGGACGCCCUCCCCUGCUGAGUGCCCUAUGCCCGGCUACACUGUCACCUGGGAUGGUGCCAAGAUGUGGACUGAUAACUCAGAUCAUGAGUUUAACAGCACCAACCAGGACUGGCAGAAUGAGACUUGGUUAUGUGACACGUUGGAAAGAUCUGUACCAUACACAAACUACAAUGUUUGUGUAAGUGUGACUAACACCAGUGGACACAGUGAAUGCUGUUCACUUGAAACUCCUGACACUACUCCUGGGCCUCCAGUAAUUAACCAGGUAGAGUCUAACAGAACAAGUGUUUACGUAUCGUGGGAUCAUCCAGUCAAUGAAAAUGGAGAGAUCCAGAAUUACCAGAUAACUUGGGAAAAUGAAGAUGGUGGUAGAGAGAAUCAAACACUGGGUAAAGAAACUCGCUCAACAAUAAUACAAAACAUCUCUCCUUGUCAAAACUACGUAAUUAGUUUAAAGGCUGAAACAUCAGCAGGUGUCGGAGAAGAAGUACAAAGUAAUACUUUCGUACCAAAUUACAGUGGUACUAAUGAAUUUUUUUUCCUAUUGACAGUUGGAGACGUCGUAACUAUUAACGAGGACACCACCAGUUACGUCCUCAGCGGCCUAAAGCCAUACACUGAGUUUACAGUUUGUUUAAAAGUUGUUGAUGACACUGGCGAUCCUUCCUGCUGUAGCGGCACAACUCAGCAAGACAAAGCAAGCAAGCCCAACAACCUCAAGCUGGAAGACAAGACAAGUACACAGGUCUCAAUAUCUUGGUCACCGCCUACAGAUAUAAACGGAGAGCUGAGGAACUGGCAUAUCAACUGGUACAACAGUGACAGUACGAAUGAGACGGAUAUAGCGUCAGUAUAUUAUAAAUACAAUAUUACAAGAUUACAACCAUGCACUGAUUAUACUGUCGAUGUGAAGGCUCGCAACGGGGCAGGGCUUGGAGAACCAGCAACGGUUCCUGUUACAACUGACUGUCCGAAACCCAAACCCCCCGUGGGAGCAAUUGUAGGAGGAACCGUAGGUGGUGUGUGCUUACUUCUCUUACUUGUGGCUGGCGGUGUCUUAUACUCCAGGAGAUGGAAGGAUAAUGCUUCAUCUCAUUCAGAAGGUUCACUGGAACUGUCUUCAGAAGACAACUACAAUAAGAGACGCGAGUCACAAGCAAUUAUUGGAAAUAUGGAGAUGAGAAAGGCAUCACUGGUUGUUGGUGGUGUCAAUGGUUUAAAGAGGAAUCAACUGGAAGAAAGACGUGGAUCUGAAGUUCCUCCAAGAGUAAACAAUGGAAUGCAAAGGCGUGGGUCGGAAGAUCCAGGAAGGGUAAACAGUAGAAUGCAAAGGCGUACAUCUGAGGUUCCAGGGAGGGUAAACAGUAGAAUGCAAAGACGCGCAUCAGAGGAUCCUCAACGAUUUGCUGCGAGAUUUAAUGGAAUGCAGAGGCGUGCAUCAGAGGUUCCCUUUAGAGCUGCCUCUGAUGAAAGAAAGCCACCAAUGCUAAGGCGUGCAUCGGAAUUUCCAAUUCGAUUCAACAGCGAAAGUCAACAUGCGCAUUUACAGAGGCGUUCAUCAGAGAUACCUUCUAGAAUGACCGGAGGAAAUAUAAAUGUACCUCCACAGAGGCGUGCUUCAGAGGCACCCUUUAGAGCAACCGGAGGAAAUAUAAAUGUACCUCUACAAAGGCGUGCUUCAGAGGCACCCUUUAAAGUAACCGGAGGAAAUGUAAAUGUACCUCUACAAAGGCGUGCUUCAGAGGCACCAAUUAGAGUAACAGGAGGAAAUAUAAAUGCACAUCCACAGAGGCGUGCUUCAGAGGUACCCUAUAGAGUAACCGGAGGAAAUAUAAAUGUACCUCCACAGAGGCGUGCUUCAGAGGUACCCGGUGGUCCUCUCAGCAGAACAAAUAAUUACCCUGGACUAAGACGUGCAUCAGAAAGGUUUUAGCAAAUUAACUUGUGAGGGAAUAAUUAAGCCAUACAGAAGCGGUAAUCAGCUUAUUAAAAAUUCCAUGUGAAAAUAUUACUCCUCUUUUAGAUCAAUUAGCUAUGUAAAAAUUUUUGAAUUUAUAGAAACCAGAAGCUGGUUGCAGUCGAGGUACAAUACUAGGCAAAACACUGUCCAAAGUAUCAAUGACUUUUUAGACAUUUCAAGAAUUUCUGUAUAAGUAAAAUCGAUUAUAUUGUUUUAAUAGAUAAUUUAGAUAUGAUAUGACACAAUGAAUGCUUUUUGGUUUUCAUCAUUUAUAAGCGCUUUUCCAAAAUAUCAUUUAAUGUACUUGACUGUGUUGGUACUUUUAAGUAAGACUUACAUUCUUCCAACAGGUGUCUAGUAUUCUUGUAUAUAUUGAGGAUAUGUCAAAGAAUACGAUAUUCAUUACAUGUAGCCUUUACGUAGCACACUCAUCACACACCAUGAUUUUUUACCCAUUAUCUUUCAUCACCAAAGAUGAUUUUUCAAAACCGAAUGAAAUCAGUUUAGUUUCACAGGGAGACUUCAGCAGUUACUAGUAUGUAAAUUAAAUUUAUAAUUUACUAAAACUUACUUCACACAGGUGGGCGAAAUUAUAAGGAUAUAAAAGUGAGAUAAAACAAAACAAAACAACAAUAU